AGCUAAACGUUUUAAAUUACACGAAUCUGUGAACAAAUUAAAGCAAUUUAUUGAUCGUUCAUCCAUACGCAAAGCCGAUUUUUCUUGGCACUUGGGUCUUUUUAUUUUUCCUCGAAUACUUUUUGAAAACUUCUGAAGAAUAGAACACAAAACGGACAAUUAAAAUGACUGGUGCGGGAAAUAAUGUCAUUGACCCUAGAAGACCGAAUAAAGUUGUCAGGUAUAAGCCACCACAACAAGGAGGCCCAUCUGAUGAUCCUACACCUGAUUAUAUGAACCUUCUUGGAAUGAUAUUUAGUAUGUGUGGACUAAUGAUGAAGUUAAAAUGGUGUGCAUGGGCAGCAGUUUAUUGUUCUUUUAUUAGUUUUGCAAAUUCUCGUACAUCAGAAGACACCAAACAGAUGCUCAGUAGUUUUAUGUUAUCAAUAUCAGCAGUUGUGAUGUCAUAUUUACAGAACCCUCAGCCGAUGUCACCACCAUGGUAGCAUUUCUUAACAACCUUGUAACUUCAUGAAUAACGUUGAGAAA